GAAGGGAGGACAGAAGAAAGGAGGUAGGGAGGAAGGAAGGAAAGAAAACAGUGGAACACAACGAAUACAUUUUAAUAUGGAAAUGUUAACCCAAAGGGGUCCAAUUUUGCCAUGUCUGUUCCACUUGUAGUGGACGUCCUAGCCAGUCAGUAAAGGUUUAAGAAACCUGUAAGUUGAUUAUUGUACUUCUCUUACUCAAAGAUUCACAGAAACCUGCAGACGUCUAAAGACAAAUUAUUAGAUAUCACAGAGUUUAACACGGUGGCUGACCUUAAGGUCAAUACAGUUUUUAAAAAUCAAAUGGAUUUCUAUAAAUUAGAUACAAUUAGAAAAUGUCAUUUUAAACAGAUAUCAAGUACAAGAGCAACAAUACUCUAGAGUAUCUUGGGAUAUAUGCCAUAAAAGAUGUACAAGAUCUGAAUGUAGAAAAGAUAAACCUAAGUAGUAAACUAAAAUAUUAAAACAUUAAAGAAGACCCUCAUAAAUGGAGAGACAUGCCAUGUUGGUGACUAGGAAGGCUGGGUGUCAUAAAUACAGGCAAUUCUCCCCUAGCUGAUCCAUAGAUUUAAUGAAAAUGCAACCCAAAUGUGUUGCAAAUGAAUUUUCAAGGAACAUGACAUGUUGAUUCUAAUAUUUAUACUGGAAGGGCAAAAGGUGAAGAAUACGAAAGAUACGCCUGAAGAUUAUGAAUAAGAUGUGGGGACUUUCCCUACCACACAUAGAUCAAGAUGUCCUGUCAAGAGGUAAAAAUUAAGAUGGUGGAGUAUUGGCACAGGAAUAGACAAAUUUAUCUAUGGAACAGACAGGGAGCUCAGAAGCCGAGACAUGCAAAGGUGGACCAAAAUGACUCCAGGCACAUCCAAAUGUUCCUCGGGGGUGCAGGAUGCCCCCCUGAUUGAGAAUCCCUGACAUAGCAAUAUGGAUGAAUCUUAAAAACACACGCUGGAUUUUGUAAAAGUAAAUUACAGAAUACCAAGGACAUGAGUUAAAACUGCACGCGCAUGUAGUAUGUCACAUCCAAGGAGAGAAAAGUCUGGGAAACAAGGUUUGGGGGAACGCAAAGCUCCACCUCACUUCAGGAGUUACUCACUGGCGGGCUUGGUAAAGCCAGCACGCGGAGAAGUGGGAGGACGGUAAGGGGGCGGGGCUUUGGUGGGUGAGUUCCGGUGGAACUCGAAGCUCAUUGGUCGCUGGCCACAGAUGUGGGAGGAGCAAGGCAGCGCUGGAAACUCAUUGGCCUUUGUGCGAAGGGCGAGAAAGGGAGAGAGAAGUGGUCUUCCCUCCCACCUCCUGUCACUGCGGCUGGAGGCUGAGAACCAUGGAUCCCAAUGAAAUGCCUGCUGUGCCCUGCUGCCCCUCCGACUCCCCCACUGGCCUUGAGACCAGAGCCCCAUGGGGGAUCGAACUUGGCCCCAAAAGAACUGUAAGUUGCUGUGCCCGCUGCUACAACCAUGGCCUCAAUGACCAAACCAAGGACCAGGAGCACUCCUGCCCCUUCCAGGCUUGUGAAUGUCACAAGUGUGCCUUCUUCUCGGAUCCCUGCAGAGUCUUGCCUGCUGAGAGUGCCUUGAAGAGGGAGCAGGGGGCAUGCCUAAAGAGGCACCUGACUCAAGGACUGAUAACGAGUGGGGCCUCCCCUCCCAAAGCUCACAGCCAUGUCCAGAAGUUGACCAUUCAAGGAGGAGUCGUCAGCGAGCACCCGAGGAGGUCUGCUGAUUGGUCAGGCCCCAAAAUCUUUGUCUCUAUCUUGGACUCCAGCAGCCUUGAAGAUGCAACUCACAACUUCUCUUUCCAGGAAGACCCACAGGACCCCUGCCCUGUCCAGCAUGGUCCUGAGGCUUCUGACCAGGACUCAGUUUCUGCCUCCUCAGAGUGGCAGCGGAAGCUGGAAGCCGCUGAGGCUCUGCUGAUGCUGAGAAACUCUUCUCAGGCAUCUUCUGGCUCCAUCUCCCUGCUCCAGCCCUGCGUGGCAGCAGCUCCUGCUGGAGAUGAAGGACCCCAGCCUUCUAGCUCCUCUCUCCGACCCAGGCCAGCCAGCUCCAUUUCUCUGCCUAUUGGACAUCUGGGGUGCAUCUCCCUCUUGAGCUAGAAACCCAGAAGAGGAGGCCUCACCAGAGUACUUCCUAUUCAUGCAUUUGCAAAAUGUUUAAAGUCCAAAAUGCUUAACAUGUUUGUUUUUUUAACCUCUAGGUUCUUUCAUAAGCUUUUCAGACUCUUUUUAUGAUAUGGGACAAUUCCUUGGCUGAGAGUGGAUAUUCUUGUACCACCAUCCCUUAAUGCCUAGAUUCUGGGGCCUUUUUAUGUCUCUUAUGAAAACAGCGUCAUGGGAUCUAAGCUGAUCAGUCUCUAAAUAGGGUUCUGUGGGAGGUCAUAUGUUCAUAUGCCAGAGUUUUCAUUUGACUCGUGAUUGCAAACAUACCCAUGCACUCAUGCAUGUAUGCAUGCUUGUCAAAAUAUAAGGGUGUUUUCAUUUUGUGUCUAGGUUUGUGUGUGUGAACAAAUAAUAAAUUCUCGUUGUUGUAAGGCACUGCGAUAUAGGAGUUGUUUGCUACCACAGUAUAACGUAGACUCUCCUGACUCUAACAGACUUGUUCAGUUUACUUUUCUAAGUGAGAAUCACCUUACUCAAUAACUGAGCUUUCUUAGCAUGACAAGACAAGAAAAUGGUAGCGAAAAAAGGGGGAGAUGGUGAGGGGGGUAAGGGUUUUACUCAUUUAGCAAGGAAGUGCCUACCUUCUGCCUGGCAUAGACUGCUUCCAGCUGUCCAGAGGGCCCCAAAUUGGGUUGUCUUCAGGGUCAAGCAGGUCUUGCGAAUGAGCAGAGCAGGACUGAUAGGCUCUGGCCAACUGACAGUGCAUGCUCUACCUUAGGGGCCAGCUGCCACCUGGCUCCAGCCAAUUGUUGUCAUGUAGGGAUGUGGAAUCUUCAUUGCCACAUCUCCUGAUUUUUCAAGAGAAGAUGGAAUUCUAGAUUUCUAUGUAAAAUAUCUCAAUUUUAAAACACUGGCUCUGGUUUCCUGUACGUGGGCCAAAGAAAACAUCCAUUCAGGCCAACUAUGGCCAAGUGAAUGCCAGUUCGAUUCUAGUCGAAUGUGUAUUUUACAGUGGGGGGCACUGAAGGCAACCAGGGCCAGAAGAAUCAAAGAGGGGACAUGAAUUAGACCCAGAGCCUACUUUUGAAGGACCCAUGAAAUAUGAGGAAGAAUCAUUAUCAUUGAUUUUGUGCCCACUGUAUGCUAAACACAUAGAGCCUCACAGCAGCUCUCUGAGCUAAGCAUUAUUACCAGUCUUUUACCUAUGAGGACACACACUAUAUGAGUACAAGUAACUUGCACAAGUGUUUUAGGGGAAAUUUGUAGCCACAGAUGGAUAGAGGAAGACUCCCCUCUCUUUGCCAGGCCCUAAAUUAGCUAAUAAUUUUAUAAAUUUUAAAGACUAAAUUCUAUAAAGUAGCAAUUACAUUA